AAAUGAGGCCUUAAAAUGGUGGAAAAAUCAAUGGUGUUUGGGGGUUUCACAAGAAAUCCAUCUCACCACGCUCUCAUGAUGUUUCCCUGUUGCGUCAUGUUUAGGAGCACCACAGUCCAAAUGAUUGACCGAAUCGCUUAUCUUUCUGGCCCUCCUCUCCAACCAACUACCACGAGACUUACUUUCCUUUCUCCUUCUUCCCCUUUUCUUUUCAAACUCAAACCCACUUCCCUCUUCACUUCCUCCUCCUCCUUCUUCUCUCUCACUUCCCCUCCGCGAUCCACCAUGCUGCACCACGACCCUCUUGUCUCUGACAUCUACGCCACUGCCAUUUCCGCCAUUGUCGCCUUGUCCUUUCUCAGACUGUGGCAAGAGACAGCAAAACGUGACAUAUUCGACCAGAAAUUAAAUAGGAAACUUGUACAUAUAAGCAUUGGGCUGGUGUUCAUGCUCUGCUGGCCACUGUUCAGUACUGAGAAUAGGGCUUCGUUCCUUGCUGCUUUAAUUCCGGGAGUGAAUAUAAUUCGGAUGCUUGUUAUUGGACUUGGAAUAGUGAAAGAUGUGGCCACAGUGAAAUCAAUGAGUAGAUUUGGAGAUUACAGGGAACUUCUUAAAGGACCACUGUAUUAUGCUACGACUAUUACUUUGGCAUCCAUAAUAUACUGGAGAACUUCGCCUAUCUCCAUUGCUGCAAUAUGUAAUCUGUGUGCAGGAGAUGGCAUGGCUGAUAUUGUUGGAAGGAGAUUUGGUGGUGUAAAGAUACCUUACAACAAGAACAAGUCAUAUGCCGGUUCAAUUGCAAUGGCAUCUGCUGGAUUCUUAACUUCUAUUGCGUAUAUGUGGUAUUUUUCCUCAUUUGGGUAUAUUGAUGGAAGCUGGAAAUUGGUUCUUGGUUUUCUGUUAGUGUCUGUUGGCACAGCAUUUGUAGAGUCCCUUCCUAUCAGCACAGAGCUUGAUGACAACCUUACGGUUCCCCUCACCUCCAUAUUGUUGGGCAGUGUUAUUUUCUGAUAUGAAGCAUACAAGGCACUAGGAAAUUUGUCAGUUUUCUAACUGACUGAUGCUUGUAGUGUAUGUUGACAAUCAAUGCAUACAGGGCAAUUUUCUGCCUUGUCUUCUUAGCAGCAUGGAUGAGUAUCUAUCUUUUCAA